AUGGAGUGGUUUGGAGAGAGGGCUAGGACCCCGUACCAAACGUCGGUCCACGAAAAGACAUCCACCACCGCCUAUCACGAGGAACAAACGGAACCUGACCAUACGAGAGAGUAUGCAUCUUCGCAUGCUCAACCGUCACCAGACACUACACACAGACACAGGCGAUAUAGGCCACGGACAUGUCGCAUUUGCCUGGAUACCGUGGAGCCAAAGUAUCCUGCCAACUCGUCCAAGUCGAGCAAGCCGAUAUACGUGUCUGACGACCCCGAGCUGGGAAGACUGCUGUCUCCUUGCAAGUGCAAGGGGUCGCAAAAAUAUGUCCACGAGGGAUGCCUCAAUUCUUGGCGACUCUCAAAUCCGACAGUCAAGAGAAAUUACUGGCAAUGCCCGACGUGCAAAUUCUCCUACCGGCUGGUCCGCCUUCAUUGGGCCUCGAUGCUAAGCAGCAAAUGGGCUCAAGCUGGCCUGACAUUGUUUAUCCUUGUGGCGAGCAUCUUCUUUUUGGGGUUCAUGGCCGACCCAAUCCUUAACCUCUGGGUCGAUCCUUUCGGUACUGUCACUGAUGCCGUUACAAGCGUCGUCACAGACAUUGAGGCCAUCAAGGAGCCCGACUGGGAACCACCGACGACCUGGGGCGAGCAUUUUCUCAAGGGAUUCUUCUCUCUCGGGCUGGUUGGCAUUUUCAAAUCCAUGAUUGCACUGUCACCGUGGCAUUGGUGGAACCUGCGCAGCUUGACGGGAACCAGCAGACGCCAAGGGGGAAGGGCCAGAGUGGAAAACAUCAGCCUCGUGUUUGUGAUUAUCGGAGCCUUUACUGCCCUCAUGGGAAUAUGGAAAGGAGUCAAGAAGCUGAGUGAGCGCGUGCUGAAGAAUGUGAGUGAGAGAGUCUUGGACGUCGGCGGAGACGACGGUGAUGUUGAUGACGAUGAGGAUAUCCCGAAUGGGAAGAAGGAUUUAUGA